AUGAUCAUAUACGGCAGGGUUGAUAAGUCAUCUCGAGAUCAAUCGCAACACUCACUCCUGACACUCAACUCCGGAGGUCUGGGCCUAAUGGUGCCCCCGCAGGGUCACGCGCCUCCUAGCCCUAUGCCCACCCCUUCGCCGCCCAUUGAUGACCGACAUCGGGGCCGAAGAGGCGAACAACGGCUGACCAGAGAAGCGAUGAGGAAAUACAUCCGCGAGAAGGACGACCUGAAGAUCAUUAUACUUCACGCCAAAGUGGCGCAGAAGUCAUACGGCAACGAAAAGCGGUUCUUCUGUCCGCCGCCCUGUAUAUACCUCUUAGGCGACGGAUGGGCCAAACGUCAGGAGCAGAUGAUUAUGAACGGCGUCUCCGAGCAGAACGCAAACCUCUGCGCCUUCAUUGGUAUCGGAAACUCGGACCAAGAGAUGCAACAAUUGGACUUCAGUGGCAAAGUAUGUCCUCUCAACUAUUGCGCCGCAAAGACCCUAUAUAUCAGUGAUUCCGACAAAAGAAAGCAUUUCAUGCUAUCAGUGAAGAUGUUUUACGGCAAUGGAGAAGAUAUCGGUGUCUUCUUUAGCCGCAGAAUCAAAGUUAUCUCAAAGCCAUCCAAGAAGAAGCAGUCCCUCAAGAAUGCCGACCUAUGUAUCGCUUCGGGAACCAAAGUGGCGCUCUUUAAUCGGUUGAGAUCUCAAACGGUUAGCACCAGAUAUCUACACGUAGAGAACGGCAAUUUUCACGCCUCCUCCACCCAGUGGGGGGCCUUCACUAUACAUUUACUGGAUGAAAACGAGUCCGAAUCCGAAGAAUUCACUGUAAGGGACGGUUACAUCCAUUACGGCGCCACUGUUAAGCUGGUCUGCUCUGUCACUGGGAUGGCUCUCCCAAGACUUAUAAUCCGAAAGGUGGACAAACAGACAGCGCUGUUGGACGCGGACGACCCGGUGUCUCAGCUCCACAAAUGUGCCUUUUAUAUGAAAGAUACGGAACGCAUGUAUUUAUGUCUAUCUCAAGAGCGUAUAAUCCAAUUCCAAGCGACGCCCUGUCCUAAAGAGCCUAAUAAAGAGAUGAUAAACGACGGCGCCUCCUGGACCAUCAUCAGCACCGAUAAAGCCGAGUACACCUUCUACGAGGGCAUGGGUCCCAUCCACUCACCCGUCACACCUGUGCCUGUCGUUCACAGUCUCAAUCUGAACGGUGGCGGCGAUGUAGCUAUGCUUGAGCUGACCGGAGAGAACUUGAGUCCUGUCCUCAAAGUGUGGUUCGGAGACGUCGAGGCGGAGACUAUGUAUCGGUGUCAGGAAAGCAUGUUAUGUGUGGUUCCAGAUAUCGGAGCCUUCCGAGAGGGCUGGCAAUGGGUUCGACAGCCAACUCAAGUUCAAGUAUCACUCGUGAGAAGCGAUGGCGUCAUAUACGCCACUGGACUGACCUUCACGUACACACCAGAGCCCGGGCCGCGGCCUCACUGCCCAUCAGUGGACGAUGUGUUGCGUCCGGGUCUGACUCAGUCACAAGGCCUGCACCCACACCAUCCACACCCACAUCACACACCAUUAAGUCAUCACUUACUGCAAAGCGAUCACAACAACCAUUCUAUGUCUCACAGUCUGGGGGUCGGCCCACAAGGCAUGAGUCCAUACGUGCAAACACACCAUCAGUCGCCCCUUUGAGUGCAUUCUAUCGACUCUGACCUCUGCUAAUAAUAUAAAAUACAUUCAAAUUCUGUUUGUGUUAUCAAAUAAUAUGAAAUAAUACUGUGAUAUGAAUUGAUGUUAUUAUACAAAAUGAAACGCUUUUCAAACAAAACCUCAAACCAACUCAUCUCUAAGUCUCUAAAACGACCAGAAUUUGAGAUUUAGUUUAAAACUCUAAACAUCUUUAUAUAAAUUAUAUAUAAGUUUAUACAAUAUAUAUAUACAGUAUUUAUAUAUAAAUAUAUUAACGAUUUAAGUGAUGGUUAUAAUAGAAGAGAACCUAAUUUUAUGAUAUGAGCGGUGGUAUCGGUUGUGGUCUUUACUCUCGGGAUCUAAUGAUCACUUUUUUGUAUAUUUUCUAAAAACAAACUAUUCUUUCAAUUAUUGACAAUUGCUGUUAGAUUCAGUUUUACAUAAUAUUAUGCAAAAUAUGUUUUAUUUUACGCAAAAUUUCUGCAAUUUUUAAAUUAAAGAUUAAAUUUUUCUUUAUA